CUUUUUAUAUGAAUCCUAAUACCAUUGCAAUUUCUAAAAAAGAGUCUGUUUUCUUCACUUUUGAAGAAGCCUAUGGUAGUGGUUAUAGACAAGCAUUUUCUGCAUAUGAAAAACAGAGCAGUAUAAUGGUAAAAAAGAGAAAUACACCACUAAGUGAAUAG